AUGUUACAAAGAAGUAAAAAGAAAAAUGGGCUCUAUUUUUGGGUUAAUGAAGAGGCCGAUGAAAUUCGAUACGUUUCAUUGAAAACGGCUCCUAAACUACGCUGGAAAACACAUUCGUUUUGGAAGUCGCAAAAGGGGAUCAAAUGUUUAGAUUCAUUUCCAGGGAGCAGUGAGAUACUGGGCGCUGGCUCGUCGACUGGCAAUUUAUCGUUACUGUCUGAAAAACAUCCAGAAUUCUCUGCAGUAGUUACCCCAAAGUAUCCUAGGGCCUGUAAAAGUUUAUCGUUCUCUCAUUCCGGAAAUCUUGCAGCCGCCUAUGCAAAAUCCAAAAAUGAUUUAUCUUUAAAAAUUUGGGAUGUACGAAGUUUACUACAUAAUCCUAACCAGCAACCUGCUCUCCAAGGGUUUCCCAUGGAAGGGAUUGUUUCCGUUUGUUAUGAUAAAAACCCGUUUUUGCUAUUCGCUGGUUCAAAUACUCGCUCGAUCAAUAUUGUGGAUACUCGUAAACAAUUAGAGGCUGAAUCCUCAAUAGAAACUCCCUGCUUCAAUAAUAUUAUUUUAGAUCCGGUAUCUGGAAAUUAUUUUGCUGCCAAUUCUUAUGAUGGACAUAUCGCUGUAUAUGAUCGUCGAUUUCUGGUUCCUGGUGCUAAUCCCCUAAUAAUGGAGCUAAACCCAAAUCCAGGUGAAAUAAAAAAGAAUUCAUACUUCCAAACAAGAUUUUCUUACGAAAAAUGUGGACAAUUAUCUUGUCUCUCUAAUAAUUCAAUUUCUGUUCGACAGCUAUCUCCGUGCCGUGUUCAAGAUGACCCACCUACUGAUGAACCGGAAUUAGAAAAUUCAUUACUACUUACUUUCGAAAAAUUUAUUAACAUGAAAGAUAAUACAACAUGUUCCGGGUUUGACUACUAUAAAUCGUCCUCGUCUAGUUCCCUUCAGUUACUCGCUGUUGUUAAUUCUUCGCCGAAACUUUUCUCUAUUCAAAAUGAAUUUUUCCCUGCAUCCUUUAGUGCAAAUAACAAACUGAUUUCCUCAUAUAAAGAUACUCUUUAUCCUUUGGAUACACCUUACUCAGACGUUCAAUCUGCUGAAAUUGGGCAAGAUCAUAAAGAUGAUAUUGUGUUUUCGGAAACAAGCUCCUAUUCUUCUACAAAUAUAGAAAACAGUUUGGAAAAAAUAUCAAUUAUUUCGGAAGAGUCGUCUCAAAGCGAUGAUUUGCUACCGCCUUAUAGAGUUUUAAGAACUGAUAUAUCAAGUAUUAUGCUAGAGAGAGCACAACAGGGUUAUCGUUUCAACUGCUCGAAAAACUAUGAUAUUGUUUCCGAUUUUUAUUUAAAAGAUGUCUGGAAGUGGGUCGAACUGUCCCACUCUUUAUACAGUGAUGAACGUUACAAUUGUUCGAGUGAUAUUGAUUUAACGUAUCAAGGAGCUCUUGGUAUUUGGUUCAUGGACACCGAGUUAACCAAUAUUGCUGACGUUUUUGACGCCAAACACAGUAGACUUUUUGAGAAAAAGUUUUUGAAAGCUGCAGAAACUAUCAUUUCAAAUUUUGAUCAGGACAUAUUAACACCCAUACCAACCAAGCGGCCUUUACGACAGCUUGUUCUUUUGGCUUGCGGGCUUGGCUAUACAAAAGUCAACUUGGAUCAAAACAUAGAUUCGUUGAUUGGAAGAAAUGAACAUGUGAAGGCUGCUGGUUUAGCGCUCUUUCACGGAAAAAUUGAGAACGUGGUUCGUAUUUUGGCUAUGGGAAAUGAAUUAGAAAAAACCAUUUCCACGGCUGUAGCCGGGUACAUUACCUCGCAAGGUUUGAACCAACUGGGAAGCGAUUCUCUUUGGAAAGAAAUGUCUCGUAAUCUGAGCACAGAACUGGAAGACCCAUAUCUUCGUGCUAUCUUUGCAUAUGUUAGCAACUCUGAUUGGAGAGAUGUACUCGAUGAAGUUUCCCUUUCCCUUAGAGAUAGACUAGGGAUAGCCCUCAGAUUUUUACCGGAUGAAGAUCUGAGUAAUUAUUUGGAAGAUUUGUGUCGUACUACGGUUCAAUCAGGAGAUCCGGAAGGGCUAAUAUUGACAGGAUUAACACCUUUGGGUAUUGAAUUGUUACAAAAUUUUGUAAACUACUCGAAUGAUGUUCAAACAGCAGCUUUGCUGGUUUCCUAUGUUGUACCAAAGAAAUUUACGGGUUGGAGAGCAGACGGUUGGAUUGUCAGUUAUAGGGAAUUGUUUAAUCGGUGGAGGUUGUACCGCGAACGAGUCAAGUUUGAUUUAGGAAGAACUGAACUUUCGCGUGAUCGAAAUGGUCAUGUAUUAAAGACAGCACCAAAACCUUCACUUUAUAUCAGUUGCAAUUACUGCAAAAAGUCCCUUUUAAACCUAACGGAAGAAAACCCCAAAUCCGACCAAACCGUUGCUUCUACGCUUACGAAGACUAGAAAGCUUGCAAGUCAAAAGCAAUCCGGUCAUACCUGUCCUCAUUGCCGUCAACCUUUCCCAAAGUGUUCAGUCUGUGGAUUAUCUUUGAGCGAUCAGAAUGUUCCACAAAAUAAUAUAGCAGGCAUUACCAGUCAAAACUCAAAAGACAUGGAGCGAAAAAGAGAUUUUGGACGUUGGUUCUCAUUUUGUCUUCGAUGCUAUCAUGGGACACACGCUGCUCAUGCCUCGGAAUGGUUUAUGCGACACAGCGUUUGCCCAGUGCCUGACUGUGAUUGUAACUGUGCUUUAUUUUAA